AUGUGGAAUCCACGUUGCCGAAAGUAUAAGACAGGUGUUUCUCCUGGUUGUAGUAUUGGAAUUACUUCUUGCAAUACUCGAGUUGGAACUUUAAGAGCUUUUGUAGAAAAUAAAAAUAAUUCAAGUAAUAACAUCUAUUUUUUGAGCAACGAUCACGUUCUUCGUCUAAAAUGUGGUUCUGAGAUGAAAAGCAGUGUUAGACAGCCAGCUUAUAGUGAUUAUGAAGGCGCUACUAAAAGGAAAAUAGAAGGAGAAAAAUAUCUAUUAGAAAAAGCACAAGAACUCGGCAUAUUUGUAAAGGGUAAACGCGGUAUUUAUGAAAUUAACAAUAAAUCGUAUGGAGUUGAUGCUGCUAUAGCCUUAGUCAAUAACCCUGAUAGGAAACGCUACAUAAAUCCAAAAGGUUUCGCCAUACCUGAUAUAAUAUUUAGAGAUCGUUCCCUUGUGCCUAUUAAAAUUUCUGGUGACAUCAAAGAUGUUAGUUCAAUUAUUCCUAAAGAGCUCGUAUUUAAACUUCUAUUGUUGUUGAUGGAACAAUCACCAAUUUUAGGUGAUGUUCUUAUGGAUAAGAUUGAAUUAAAAGGAGAAACAAUAUUCCCAUCUAUACGGUUAGAUAACAUGGAGACUCGGGUAGGGAAAAUCAUAGCCUUGGGUCACGGUGUUCUCAUUAUAAAUAAUUUGAAUCAGGAUUAUCCUGUAGGAAAUCCAAUUAAUGCCGUGAUAGAGGCCCUUUGA